AUGCUAAAUAUUUCUCUCUCUCUCCAGGAGGAGCUCUUCAUCUACAUCCAUAACAUCCUGUCAAUGCCCGGCUACAGCCCAGAGGAGAAACAGUCUGUGUGGGUCAAAGCCCUUCAACACAUCAAGGACCUGGUCAGCAUUAACUUGUUCAAGACCACAGAGUUGGUGGUGAUGCACUUUGCAGGUGAAGUGCAGUCUAUCAUCACAGCUCUGCAGACCCUGAAGGGCAAACUCCACAAACUUGCUCUAGAGGGCUCAGAGGAUGACAGGCCCAACGCUGACGAGGCAUGCGAUAAAGUGCAGAGUCUGUUGCAAAGAGUGGAGGAAGCUCUUCAUGACAUCAUUGCUUUGUGUCAGAGGAACUCACACGGCCUCAACCAGCAGCAGAGAGAGGCUCUGUGGUUUCCUCUCCUGGAGGCAAUGAUGUCACCACAGAAACUACUCAAAGGUCCUGACGCCAGACACACUUCAGAUGCAUUAAAAGAGCUUACCAUGAAGGUCUUAAACAGCAUGUCCAGUUUGAUCACCCCACCUGCCAUCAUUCAGCGUAUACUGCAGGACCCUGUAUAUGGGAAAGGAAAGCUGGUUGAGAUCCAGGGUCUCAUUUUAGGAAUGCUGGAGACCUUCAACUAUGAACAGACCUUGUUGGAGACAACCACCAAUCUGUUGAACUCUGAUCUUCACUGGUCUCUGUCACACCUGCGAAAGGCAGUCAGUAGAGGACUCCACCCACGACAGGAUCACUGCAACAUCUGCUUACAGCAGUACAAGAGACGACAGGAGACUGUGGUCACCUGUACCACUGCCAGUGUCUACAGCAUAAAGAGGUGGGAGUUUUGAGUGAGAGGCUUAACUUAUGGAGCUGUUACAAAUGCACAUCCAGUCAGGGUUCAUGGCCAGCGGACAAAUCCAGCAUAGAGAGCUCACGAUCACGCUCCAUGUCUCUGGCACAGACCAAGUGACAUCAGCUCAUUGUGGGAUUGUGGCAAAGGAUCAUGAAAGAAAGGCAGUCGCACACCAGACAAGAAGCACCAUGGCACAGGUAUCAAACACUGGGCACGUCAAUGCGGUUCAGGUUGCAGACAGUACACAGAAAAGUUACCAAGGUUUUUCCCUUGUUCAAGAAUGAACAACGCUAAAGUAAAUAAUCUAUAUCCUUUAAUUAUGAUUUGGGUCAAAUUUAAUGGAAAUAUGUGAGAUGCACUCUGUGGCACGGCAGAAAUUUCAUAGAUAGAUAGACAGACAGCCAGCCAGCCCGGAUCUCAACAUCGAGUCAGUCACAGAUUACAUGAAGGCCUCAUUUACACUUUGCAUUAACAUGCGUUUCAUAUCUGGAUAGUAUCUGGAUAUUCUGUAGCUGGAUUGUAUUCUCCACUGUGAUUGGACAGAGAUCCGAACAAAGUUACCUGUGCAAAAUGCUACUUGCAUAUUACAUCAGAGGCUGUGGUAACUGAAAAUUCUCUGAAUUUCAGCAAAUUUGAAAAACACUGAAAGAUAAUAGGAUAAUAGUUUCUGUCACUUUUAACAGUCAAGGUUUUUCCCUCACUGUACAUUUUCCGCCGGCCGCAGAAGCAAAUUUAAUGAUAUUCAUCUCACGUUCUGCGCUGUGUGAGUGAAGCCUGGUUUCAUGUGUGACAUGCAUUAUUAGAAAAAAGGAGAGUGACGUGAGCGAUUGGGGAUUUGAGGAGAGAGACGAGAUAUUCCAUGUGUAUUCCAAUGGAAUAAUUCAUGGGAUUUUUUUCAUAGUUUGGGUGACAAGAUUGAAAGACAGUGUCUGCUGUGGUCUUCACAUUGUGAUGGUUGAAUUAAGAGGAAAAAGGCAAGAACCUGCAGCAAAGUGCUUUAACAGCAGAUGACUGUAGCGGAACCCCAUCACAUAAUUAAUUACUUACGUAGAUGAAUCCGGAUAAGGAAAAUACAUUUGCAUUUACACCUUCUUUGAAUGUGGUCAGAAUCUGUUCCUGACCACCUCCAAAUGUGGUUUCAGUGAUCCGAUCAUGAUCCAAUCACAAUGCAUCUUGGGUGCAUUAACACCUGCUAGUUAAUGUGAUCAAGUGCAAUCCGAUAGCAAUCCAAUUACCGAAAACUCAUGCCAAUGCAAGGUGUAAAUGUGGCCAAAGAGACAGAAGCAACUGAGACAGCCUAAAUAGAUACAAUAACUGUGGCAAGUUGUCCAAGAAGCUUGGAACAUCCUAUCUGCCAAAAAACAAGAAAAAUUGUGUCCAGGUGUACUAGGAGAAUUGGCGCUGUUUUGAAGGUAAAGGUUGUCACACCAAAUAUUUAUUUAGCUUUUUUAUGUUUUCUGGACUUUAUAUGGCAUUAAUUGAGUAAUGAAAACUAUUUAUGACAUUAUUUUUGAAGACACCCUCACUAUACAACAUUUUUCACAAGUGCCUAAAACUUUUGCACAGUACUGUAGCUCUCACUCAUUUAUUUAAUGUGUCCUACAUAGUGAGUUUUGUAAUAGAACUUUGAAAGGGAAACAGCUUUAAUACGCGAUAAGAAGCUUUUGAUGAAUUUUAUUCAUGCACUGUUAACAAAUGGGCAUUAUUUUACAUAUCUGCCAUAGGACAGCUACCUUCAAUGUAGCAUAGGCAAUGUUUACAAGCAACAAGUUUUGUUAAAUAGUGCAAAUUAUUUUAUGCACCUACACUUUUGAAAAAAUAAAUUUUGCUGUCUGGCUCAAUAUUGAGGAAAAAGAUUUAAAAGGAAACCUUAAUUGCAUUCAUGGUCGGUCUAUAUUAACUACUUGUGCAGAAAUUCAGAAUUCAAGAUGAUUUAGGGCCCAGUUGCAAGAAACCAACCCAUGAAGUUAGUAAAACCCUAUAAUUGUAAGGCUGUUGUCACUAAGGUUUUCUUAACUUGGGUUACUUGCAACCGACAACAGAAAUUUUUUUGUCAUUACAGCACAUUAAGUUUCCCUAAAAAGAAUAUGAACAAGCUUUGCAGUACCAAAGUAUACCCUUUAACACUCUUUUUUGUUGUUCAGCUGGCUAUUCUGACAGAACUCACCCAUUCUCAUGGCAACGAGAGGGCCGGCCUUUCGAAUCCCACCCAUCCAGGAACAGGAAGUAUUUAUCACAGUGAGAACUUCCAGUUAAAGCUUUCUCCUUUGCCAUUGGUGGAAGAGUAGAUGACUCUGCCCAUUGUUACAACUCUUAAUAAAGCUCUACCAUGUCUGUAAAAAAUGCUUUCCCAUGUUGUCAUUUUGUAUUUCAACAAAUUAGCAAAGCUCUGUAACACUGCAUCCUAACCAGAUGUGACGCGACACCGCAACAUGCGAUAAAAGGUAUCUCUUAUCGUGUUAUUCAGAGUUAUUAUCCUAACCAGGUGCAGGACAUUCUGUCGAUAGCGUGGUUUCUAUUUUGCGCUGGUUGCCACAUCCACUGUAAACUCUCAUUGGUCCAAAAUUCUUGUAUUAACAAUGCAUUAAAGUCGGCAUUUCACUGGCCAGUUCAAACUACUUGAUUUUGGCCAAACUCCCUUUAAGGAUGUCAGGUCCCUCAGCAACCAUGCUUGUAAAGCGGCCUAAUCACUGCACACGACAAACAACCUUCGAUAGACCGAAAGUCAUUCAUUUCCUAUGGAGAGUCGCAGGGGGGCUGCGUGGGGUGCCGACCAUCUGCAGAUGCAGAAUUUUUGGAACUGAUUUGAGAUUUGGAUGCAUUAAAAAAUUUGGACUUGAGCAACUAGACCAUAAUCGAGACCCCGACCGGAUGUAAUCUAAUCCAAUCAAAUCUAUGCACGUGAGGUGAGAAUUAAUAAUCCUUUUUUUGUUUAACUUUAUCAUAAACACUUGAUACUUGUAAAAAUGCAUGGAUAUUGAUAAAGAAUUAAUAAAUUAUUAAUUUGAUAUUUAUAUUUUAUUAAUGUUGUCUCCAUAUGUUCCCUCCAAAUGUAUUGCCGGUCAUUUGUCCUCUAUGCUUAGCUAUUUAUUAUUUGUAUUCAUCUCAGCGAUUAUCAAAGUUUUGUGCAAGAGAUGCGCCUCAGAUUAUGUUGCUAUUAUAUGACAAAAAGCUUUUGCAAUUACAGUAAA